AUGGACGCAGUUAUUGACGCGCGCUUUGAGCGCGUCGAAAAAGCUCUUGCCGCUCUGAUAGAUUCAAUUGCCAAGUACAAUCCCUCAUUGCAGGUCGGGAACGAACUGAUUGCCGCAGAGGAAGAGCUCCAAGAUGGGCUGGCUCAAGUUCAAAGACACCAGGAAAACCACGUCCAUAUCAAAAACCUGCGUGAUGCCUCGACCGCCCUCGACAAUCAGAUCCGUAGCACGCUUGUCACCCUUUCCACCACCCGCAAGGAGAUGACCAGCACCCCGGGCACCAUCUUCCCAGACAAGCAACCCAACGAGAUCUCGUUCGACGAGCUCCUCAGCUACGCCCGCCGCAUCAGCAAGACGACCCUCCCUCCGGCCGGCGUGACCAAUGGCGUCGUGGCCCCGCCGCCCCACGACGACGACCAGCAGCAGCAGCCGCAGCAGAACCAGCUUACCAGCGCCGCGCCGUCCGGCGCCGCGACACCCAAUGGCACUGCGCCUCCAACACCCGCCCCAGCAUCUGCCUUGACGCCCCAGCCGCAGCAGCAAACCCAGACCAACACCGCCAGCGCCGCCGCUUCGCCCCCUUCUCAACCCGCCGCCAACGUCCUCCCUCAAGACUGGAGCAACUGGCUGAACCCGCACACGGGGACGCUGUUCAUCCCCUGGCCGCAAGACAACCAGAUCCGGAUCGGCGCCCUGUCGGCCAACGAGAUCCUGGCCGAGAACGGCGUCGUCAUCAAGGGCUUCGACCCGGUCGAAGAGGAGCGCCGGGCCGCAGAGGCCGCCGCAGAGGCCAAACGCCGCGAGGAGGAGCUGGCCGAGGCCGAGCGCAUCGCCAUGGCCGAGCGCGAGGCCCAGGCGCGUGCCGAGAUGGAGCGUCGCCGCGAGGCCAGGGAGCGCGAGCAGAGGGAGGCCCUGCGCAGGGGGAGCACAGCUUUGGAUGCCGGUGCUGCCGCGUCCGGGGGUCUUGCGUCGCCGACCUCGGCGAGCCCUGCCGUCAAGAAGCAGUUUCAGUUUAUGGGUGAUGAUGACGACGACGAUGACUCUGACUGA